AUGCGUGAUCUGAUCAGGAAGAUGCUCGAGAUGCCUUCAUCGGGUAUACGAGUCGGACCAGCGUUUGGCGCUGCUGUUGAAAAGAGUCUUGAACAUGUUUUUAGCUCUGGAUUGGAGGCAUGCUUGACUGCUGCAACCCAAAAGAUCAUUACUGCUACCGAUCUGAAGAUUGCGAUGGAGAUAUUCCAGCUUGUGCUCCCUCGAGCGCCAGAUGAGCCAAAGCAGUUGGCUCAAUUGGUCACGAGCAAGUUGCGAGUGGCUGUACAGCAGCUUGUGCUGAAUUACCCCUCGACGGAUGGUCCAACAUUCCACGAACUCUACGCGAUUGACUUGCUCGGGAGGGUUAUUUCUGCGUGCACAGCUCAUUUUUUCUGGAAUUAUUUGACGUCUACGACCGCCAAGCCCCGAAAUCUUGCACCUCGCGUGCUAGGUGCUGCACUGAAGUAUAACCCCAAGAAGGAAUGGCUAAGAAAUGAGUUCCUGAGAGAAAAUGGAUCAGAUCAAGAACUGUGUACCGCGUGGCUGUUGGGAACGCUUGACGUUGCGGCGUUAAACUCUACUCCAAUCGUGUUUAAGCUGGAGGAUGUUCCAUUCGGGGUGAGUCAAGAAUCUACGCUCAACCAGAGUCGUAUUCGUGAUUCAGACUACUGGGUCAUGUUGACGGACGGCAUCAUGUAUCAUCUACUCCGCAGUGACUCGGUAGGAUUUGGGUCAAUGGAUCCACAGAUACUGAAGCUGUUACGUGACGUAGCAUCCACAUGCAAAUUUCGUUCAUCGGUGCGUGCGAACGGAGCAGGACUUCACGACGUCGCCACAUUGUACGAUCUCCAUUUGGAUGUAUUCCAGUCAUUUUGUAAAAGUGCUGGCAACACUUGGAGUACGCUCGCUGCUUCUCGCACGACCGAUCGGCAGGAGAUGAACCAGUUUCGAAUCAAGAUGGUGAACGCUCCGACUGGAAUCUUCGUCUCAUUCCUCGAGGCCUACAAGCUGAAUUUCCGUCGAGCUUGUAAAGAGAUCGACCAUUGGAAUCACAGCUGGCAUAUGUAUGGCAAGUUGUUUCUCCGGCAGGCUGGCGUGAAUACCACAGGAGGACGAUCGUAUCACGAAAUGGACGACACGAUUAAAUCGUUUGACGAGAGACUUACGGGACUGACCACGAUGUUUCGCUUCAUGUAUCAAUGCAUUGAUGCAUUGCUGUUCUACUGUGGCGAGAUGGCGAUUGGAGAAAAUAAUCUCUUCUUUAGCGCGAUGGAGCUGCUAUUUCGUCAAGUCAAUAGCGCCGAUGUGAAUGACGAGCUUCGGAAAGGCUUUUGUUCGGCCUCGAUGCGGUUUGUGGACAGUGUUCAGCUCUUUUUCGCUCGUCAGAAGUACCCCAGCUUGUUACAUUGGUUUGCACAGACGUCAGAGAUUUACCAGACGUUCAAGGCCGGAUGGAAAAAAUCUCAUCUAAGAACGCUACUCGUGAAUAUUUUGGAUCCUGAUGGACCUCUGGGAAUUCACAAUUAUUACCCAGACGACGAGGCUUCCAAAGGCGCCACCGUAGAUAUUGAUGUGAAGACAGUUCGACGAGAAGCAUUUUAUUUGUCGUGUGGCCUCUUCAACUGUAGAUGCACGAGGUCAUUCGAGCAUUCACGAGCUCAACCGCGACUUACGUCUUGUAAACGUCUCCAGCAACUCCGGAAGUUUGUAUUGGAUGAUUUCGCGCGGGAAACCUUCUCCUUCGUGCUAGAAGAAGACGUUACUACGUUGCUGGAAACGAUGGUGCCUUUAUGUCAGUUCGUGCGCGCUCUGAGUGAGCUCCACUUUUGCCUCGAAUGGAUAGUGGAAUGCAUGAUCAAGCUCGUACCUGGCGAAGAAGCUGUGAGCAGCAUUAUCUGCUGUGUCUUGUUGACCGAGUUGUGCGGAAUUGUGUGUGAAGCGAUCACAUUCAACGACAGCCGGCCGAUGUUGGAGCUGGUUGAUUUGGUUGAGCUUGUGCUCUCUUACCUGCAGACCGUCUAUGUGGCAUUAUCCAAGCGGACAACAGCUACGAUCGGUACACUGUUUACUGUCGGUACUGAGUUACCAGUGUCGGCAAAGCUAAGUGCGUACCGAUUCGCUCCUUCUGCUUUCCCUUCAACUGACCUCCUUACUGCUAUCGGGCGCGUGGCUCAGCACUGCAAGACAUCGUCGGACGAGCGACUUCGAGGACGUACAACAAUAUCGCUGUGA